GUCGCUCCUUGUUCAUCAACCUCGAGUUGUUCUAAAUUACUUAGUCGUAGUGAUGGAAGACACCACCUUUCCCGCCGGGAUCACCGACAUGGAGGUUGGCAGAGUCGUCUUCGGCGCGUCCGCGACGCCCCCACACUCAUCAAAGAUCCUCUUCCUCGGUGGUGCCGGGGAGCGCAUCGGGCCACGCCAUGGCACGCUCAAGCUGGUGACGGUGAUCGGCGUCUAUCUGGAGCAGUCGGCCGUGCCGUUCCUAACCCUCAGGUGGCAGGGAAAGCCCGCGGAGGAGCUCGCCCGCUCGGCCGACUUCUUCCGCGACAUCGUCGCCGGCCCGUUCGACAAGUUCACGCAGGUCACGCUCGUCGACACCCUGACCGGCCAGGAGUACUCCGACAAGGUGACCGAGAACUGCGUCAACAUCUGGAAGUCCUCGGAGCACUAUUCGGUCGACGAAGGCCAUGGCUCCGCCGCGACAAGCGAGCUCAAGGGGAUCUUCUACCCGGCGUCGUUCCCCACCGGCUCGACCAUCUUCUUCACGCAUUCUGCCGACGGUGUAUUACAGGUAGCAUUUUCCGACGACACAAAGGUUCCGGAACAAGAGAGCGGCCGGGUUGAUAGCAGGGCCCUGUCUGAGGCGGUCCUCGAGUCCACCAUCGGCGACAACGGCGUGUCUCCUUUGGCGAGGCGUAGCCUGGCUUUCCGCCUCUGUGGUCUCAUAAACCACAAGUGAUCGACCGAUGGAUGACAGUUUGGACAACAUGAAACCUUAUUAUAGCUAAAAAAUAAAGACUGGACCAUUCGCACAUUGUUGUUAUUACUCUCUGCACUAGUUAUGCUCAUUGAGAACUAGGCUGUAGCCUAGUGGCAAAGGAGCGCAGUGGCGUCUCCAGCAACCAGGGUUCGAGCCACGUCGGGGACGGAUUUCUGGUUUCUCACAAGAUAUGCUUCUCCUAUAUCAAUAAACCAUGGGUGCUAGUGCCCAUGAGUUUCAUCUUUUAGUUAUGAUCAUCGUGUAGUAAAGAAAACAAGAGCCUGACCUAAGGCAUGAAAUAUGGUGGGUUGUUCCCCUUUUGUUUA